GGCGUUGUGCUUUACAGACAAUGGCUCUCUCCUGGAGUCUUCUGCUGGCGUUGUUGUUCGCCACCCUGGUACUGUCACACAGCGCCGAGCCCGGAGCCCCUCAUGGCAAGAGGAGACAGGCACAGACCUCAGCAGGUGGCAGCAACAACCUACAGCACCCUCUGCAAGGUCUACAGGGCCACCGUUACAGCAGGGACCGUGUGGGGCACGGGGGCCAGGGGCCCCGCGCUGCCAAGGGUGGAGCCGGGCUGCUCUCCCACAGGCCCCUGCACCCCCUCGCCAGGCCUGAGGAUGAUGGGACAGGCCUGGAGAGUUUGAGCCCGGUGAGACUAGAGAUGGGCCCGGGCAGGGACAGAGACAGAGUUCGAAUGAGUAUGAAGAGUCCAUCCCAGGCCCGGGAAAACGACCUUCUGGGGACACGCAAAGGAAGGGGGCAUGGACACGGGAAUGGGCAUGGGCACCAUUUAGAACACAGGAGACAAGGGAGUCGGCGUGACAAGGGGCGGCAUGGAAAAGGGUUUCUUCCUGAGCCUGAGCUGAGCUCUGCGUUUAAGGACCGAGAUCUGUUCGAGGAUCCUCCCUUCUCCUCCUCCGCCGCCUCCCCCUCCCUCAGCAUGACCCCGCCCAGUGAACCCCCCUCCCCCAUUGCCGCCGUCUUUGGCUCCGGCUCCUCCAUGGUUACCACGGUGAUGAACGAGCAUCCCCCAACGCUGCCCCCGGCCUCCACCAAACCCCAGAGGUCUGGAAGAGGUAAAGGACAAGGAGAGGUGAUGCCAACGUUGGACAUGGCGCUCUUUGAUUGGACAGACUACGAGGACAUGAAACCUGUGGAUACCUGGCCGUCUUCCAGGAAGAAAGACAAGAGGCGGAGUAAGAACCUCAGCAACGGAAAUGUGACUGUAGACGCUGAUGCCAUCGAGCCGUGUGACCACCACCUGGACUGUCUCCCAGGUUCUUGUUGUGACUUGAGACAACAUGAGUGUAAACCUCACAACCGAGGCCUCAACAACAAAUGCUACGAUGACUGCAUGUGUGAGGAAGGGUUUCGUUGUUAUGCUAAAUUCCACCGGAAGCGGCGUGUGACCAGGAGGAGGGGUCGCUGUGUGGUACCAGAGUCGGUCAGCAGCGACCAAGGAGGCUUCAUCACUAUCUGAGGAGGAGCAGGAGGUGGAGGACAAGGAGAUACACUUGGAGGAGGAGGAACAGGAAAACAUGACCCCAUGACAGAGUAGAUAGUACAGUCAAGACAUCACAUGACACUUCUAACAGACCAUGUGCUGAAAGGUGACGGCUUGCUGGUUUUUCAAAUUGAUCCGACAAUGUAAAGCGUCUGAAUGCCACCAUCUGGUCAGCAAAAUAUCAGGUGACUAACCUUGUUUGAAUGUUGCAUUGUGGGAUGAGCCACACCUUCUAAUCCAGCAAGUCACCAUCUUUAAGCACUUAUUUAGUUCAGUUUAAAUCCAUACAUCAGUCCUAAUUCAGUUUUGGUCACUCCAGCAUCGCUACAGGAUUGUACAUGUUUGUUAAAAGAAAACAUGAAGAGGGGCUUUUUUCAAAACUCACUCAAUCCACAAUGACCCAUUUUUUUUAGAGAGUGUGUUUUUUAUUUGUUUUAAGUUGGUAUUAAAUAUUCACUUGCCUGUAAACACAUCGCUGAGUGAAAUCUGUAGACAUAUCAUUUUUUAUGUGCUCACACCACUGUGUUUGCUGUUGGUUUGGUUCAAUUUUGAGCAAAAACACAUUUUGUGAGUUUUGGAAAACCCCUUUUUAAAUCUCUCUCACAGUCUUUCCUGCAUCUGAUUGUCUCUGCCCUGCUGAUCUGAGUCAAACUAUGUUUACAAAUCAUUUUUAGUUCUGAGUUACUGUUUCUCAAAUGGGAGGCGUUCACGGCUUUAGGAUCAUUCAAACUGAGUAAACCAUCACUCACAGAAAUUGAACUAAAAUAAGUUUGAAAUGGUUUCUGUAGGAGUUCUCUGCUACUUUUUAUUUCUAAAAAUUAUUUGUAAAUGCUAUUUGAACCCAGUCUGCUCUCCUGUAUUGUAAAUAUGAAUGUGUUUGAAUUGCCAACAACUUUUUGUUAAAUUGACACCACUUCAAAUGUACUUAACAGUAGAAUGAUAAACAAAGAUGCUUGUUUGACCUUCCUUUUACAUGUAUUAAUAUAUGUUUUAUUUAUACUG